GUGGAGUCUAUUAUUUGGAGUAGUGCUGCUAGCCAAUGUGUUGGCCUCCGAAGAGAGCGAUGACGGCGUGCCUGAUGCAGGAGUCGACGAAGAUGAUGAACUGUCCUUAGAUCAGGAGGAGACACGCAAUCUUCGUCCGCGCGCUUACACGCCAGCAGCAUAUCCCAACGCGUUGCCCAGCGGAUUCAGGCCCACGCAAUCGCUGGCCGAGCUGGCCGGCUAUCAACAGCGACCACAGGAGGAAGAGUAUGUAGUGGUUCCCACCAGGCCUCAGUAUGAAGAACAAAGAGCGCCACCUAGAGCACCACACAGGAAGCAACAAGAGCAACAUCCAGUUAAAUACCAGCAGCAACAACUGCAAGAACUGGAAGAAGAGGAGGAAAAGGAGGAGCCUGACCGUCUGUCACAACUCUUGCAACAGUCCAAGUUCGACUGCGUGAACAAACAGUCUGGAUAUUACGCAGACGAGGAACUCAACUGUGAAGUGUUCCAUUACUGUAAUGAUAAUAUCAAACACUCUUGGAUCUGUCCCGAAGGUUUCAGCUUCCACCAGGUCCAUUUAAUCUGUAUGCCGUCAACACAAGAAAACAUCUGCCAGAGGUCAUCCAAGUAUCACUUCGUGAACGAUUACCUGUACCGACCGAUUAACGAGGAAGAGCACAUGCGCAAGCCCAGCGUGAUCCUCAAGUACUCCGACCGAUUCUAUCCAGCUGAAGUGUACAGGGACGACAGAUACAAUCAGGACCAGGAGGAAGAAGAGGAGGAACAAUCUCACCGCACUCACCCUCCGCAGCAUCACCCAUCACCGAGACCACAGCAGCCGCAGCAUCAACCUCAAGUGUUCCGAUCUGCUGAGGAAGUCAAUAUACCUCUAGUCCAGAGACGCCCACAACGCCCUUACGAAAUUGACUUCUAA